AUAUUCUACUUUUAAGCACUUAUACCUAUUUUUUUUCUUUCAAAACAACUUGCUUUUAUCUUAUUUAGAACAACAUAUAUUGUAUUAACAACUUUAUCAAGGCAACUGUUUCAUUGUUUUCUUUUUUUCCAGGAGGAUUAAACAAUGGAGUUUUUAAAGUACAAAUGGUCCAUUUGGUUCACAAUUCUAGACGUCAACCAAGACAGUUUUAUAACGCAUGCAGAUGUGGAACAAAUGAUCAAACACUUCCCAAUAGUAGAAGGUAUGUCAGAAGAGGAUGCCAAAUUAGUCUGUGAUAAUAUCGAAAAAUGGUGGACUGUUUAUAUAUUGAAAGGCAGGGAAAUUCUAACAGAAGAAGACUUGAUCAAAGAUUUUGAAUAUGAAUACACAUUGAACAAAAAAGCUUUCAUUGACAAAAUGAAAAAUUGUCAAGAAGAAGUUCUGAAAAUUCUAGAUACCGACAAAUCUAAUUCAAUAUCGAUAGAUAAUUAUGUCAAAGGGUUCAAGGCAUUAGGUCAUGAUAAUGAUGAACUUCUCCGACAAUCCUUUAAACUUUAUAAACCGGCUGACCACUCUAUUCCAAUCAAAGAAUUUAUCAAUAUUUGGCUUUUCUUUUUGACAAAUGAUGACCCGACAAAGCCAGACGCAGUGAUGGACACCAUUGAAGCCGGACUAAUGGAAUGUAUGUGACAAUGACCUCAGAUAUUUAUAUGAUUGGUCACUAUGUAAUGCUAUACACUUGUUUAAUAAACCAAUAAUAAUCAAAUCGUCUUGGUUAUAUAAACAG